GAAUCUCAAGCAUCACGAUUCUUCUAAUCUGUUGAGUCAUACAAAGCACGAUUAGAAACACUAGCGAGAAAAUAGUGAAGGUUUUACCCAUUCAACUCAAGAUGAUUAUCAUCACUAAUAUUACUAAAUUUUCUAAUCUUUAAUCAUCCUCAUCCCUAAUCUCCACAUUUCAAAAAUAAAAACUAAUUUCAAAAUAAUCCCAAUUCUUUUAAGCCAAGACAUGGCAGCAUGAUUGUAGUAAUUCACCUCUGAACAUACAAAAACACAUUCUUAGAGUUUGUCAUUACCACAAACAUGAACUGCCAAACCAACAACAAUACAAACAACACAAACCAAUACUUAUGAUCUAUCUGCAUUUGUCGACAAAGUUCGUUGGCUUUUCCGGCAAGGAAGACUAUAUUGUUUAUAGAGAUUACCAGGCAAAUAUGGAUGAUGAAGCAUUGGAGAUGAAGGCAUGGAAGACGAACCACCAUCGGAAAGCGGCUUCUUUACACGCGAUCACCAUACGUAUUACAAUGUCUCUGUUUACUAUGGUGAUGUUGUUAUGGUCGAUACGUAGCGGGUUCAAACUCGCUACGGAUUCGAGCAGAUAUUCUGGGUAUUCAGAUUGGGUGUUUGCUAUUGGGGUUCUUACUAUGCUUCUAGGUUUCUUGUUUCUCCUUCUUGGGAUUCCUAUACUUGCGGACUUAUUUCUAAAUAUGUCAGAUCAAUUGCAGGAGGAAGAUGGUAUUCAUAAAGCAUGGGAGACCAAAACAGUUUCAAAGGUUAUAAUUGCUGGAAUUUUUGUGACAGUGAUCACGGCAAUCAUUCUCUGGUGGGCCAUUUACACAGGAUUUAGGCUAGCAACUGAACCUAAAAGAUUGGGAAAAAAUAAUCUCUUGACUACGUCAAUAGGAGUGGUCACUAUUAUUUUUGGUUUGAUAUAUUUCAUCAUUGGACUAGGAAUUAUUGCAGAGCUGGGACUUGAUCUGUUUGAUCAAUUGCAGCAAAAAGAUAACAAAUGGAAUUGGCAUCCUUCAAGGCUCAAGCUCUUGUUUUUUCGAUCACAUGAGAUGCAGUGUUGCUAACAGGACUCAGCACCCUUUAACACAAUUUUGUUUUCUUUUUACUAAAUAUAUAUACAUACUGUUAGUUCUUACAGACUUAACAUAUUGUAGUUUAAAUUUCUUAUAUCUAAUGACAUCUGAGAUUUCUUUACAAA